AUGUGUCCUGAUGCACCCGGCCGCGUGCUCGCCUUCCACUCUCUCGCCCGGAAGCUCUCUGCCGCUCAGCAGGCAGACUUGCCGGAGGGCUCACUGGGGCGUUCACGCUGUGCUUCUUCUGGCGGUUACUGUCCCUCGGUUGGCGUUUCGCAUGCCCUGCGCUCAGCUUCAUGCUCCGCGUGCACGUAUGCCGUGGUGUCUGGGCGCUGCACGUAUGCCGUGGUGUCUGGGCGCUGCACGUAUGCCGUGGUGUCUGGGUGCUGGGCGUGCACCCUAGAGAGGCGAAUUCGCUCAUGUACGCACCGCACCGAGGGCCCCAUGGUGGAGCAAGCUAGUGGGUGUGGAGCGGUGGAGAGCGGUGCUGCACGAUGCGUCCUUCAUUCUCUGUCCGCAGCGUGCCAUGGGGCUGCACGAUGCUGUGGCUGCCUGUAUCUGCAGGAGAACCAGGUCUUAAAGUACUGUCUGCUCCGCCUUGACUCGGCAAUCUUCAACGCGCCGCCUGCCAAACCUCUUGCAGACCCUGUCACCGAGCCUGCCGCCCUGCCGUUCACAGCCACGGGCAAGCUCACCUACUCGCACGGCAUGCACCUCAAAUACGCCGUCAACGUCAGCAUGGGGGACCAUGUUUCACUGACGUCGGCAUGGGCGACCAUGCUUCACAACCUCGACGCUCACAUGCAUGCCCAGAUCGACUGUCGCCUCGCAUCCUCCCACCCAUGUUGCGGCGGCAGCAGCGGAAGCGGCAGUGGCAGUGACGGGGGACCGGGGGAAUGCUUUCCAAAGCUGAGGGCGAUGGCGCAGGUGCUGCCGCUGCCUAAGGACUUGUUGGCUGACCAGGAAAGAGGUGUGUGGCGAUCUGACUCUGGCAUUGCUACGGCGCAUUCUCCUCAUCUUCGCUCCGGACGGACGCCAAUGCACCCGACCCCGUCUCCUCCACCCUGCUGCAGCAGCUCAACAGCGAGAUGGGUCACAGCACGCAUGGCCCAGAUGGGUCACAGCACGCAUAGCCCAGAUGGUGAUGGAGACGCUGGUGACUUGAGCAUCGACUUGAGCAUCGACAGGUGGUUGGUGUCACGCCUGGUGGUCGACUCGCCUGCCUUCCUGCAGGAGGAACGUCCUCUCCCUCAUCCCAUCCCCUUCUCCCUCAUUCCAUCCCCAUCAGCUUACACCAUCAGUUUCCCCAUCGGUUUCCCCAUCAGUUUCCCCCAUCAGUUCCCCCCAUCAGUUUCCCCCAUCAGUUUCCCAUCAGUUUCCCCCAUCAGUUUGCCCCAUCAGUGCCCCCUCAGGGUCCCAAGCGAUGGUUCCCACCUCACCGCGGUGGGUGUAACGUCAGGAGCUCUGCUCCUGGCGGCCAAGAGGAACCCCCCAUGUAUACCUACAGUGCAUGAGUAG